UAAAACCAAUCACGAAAAUGGAGGAAAACCAGCAGCGGGACCGGGACCGGGACCAGGACCAGGACCAGAACACUGGCGGGUCCAGCAGCCGCAGGAAGUCUGCACGUCUGCAGAAACAGAAAGGCAAAGAAAGACCCACAAGUUACUGCCUUGAUCCCUUUGAGAAAUCCCUCACUGCUUCAUCGGGUCCGAAGAUCCCCACUCGUGAUAAGCCAUACAAAUGUGAUCAAUGUGGAGCAGUUUUUACCACAUCAGGCACUCUGAUUAGACACCAACGUAUUCACACUGGAGACAAACCAUACAAAUGUGAUUAUUGUGGGGCAGCUUUUACCACAUCAGGUACUCUGAUUACACACCGACGUAUUCACACUGGAGAAAAACCAUACAAAUGUGGUCAAUGUGGGGCGGCUUUUACCCAAAAGGUUCAUCUAAAAAAUCACCAACUUAAGCACACUGGAGAAAAAUCAUACAAAUGUGAUUAUUGUGGCUCUGCUUUUACCACACAAGGCAGUCUGAUGAGUCACCAACGUAUUCACAAUGGAGAUAAACCAUACAGAUGUGAUCAGUGUGGGGCAGCUUUUAAUCAAAUGGGUAGUCUACAGAUUCACCAACGUAUUCACACUGGAGACAAACCAUACAGAUGUGAUCAGUGUGGGGCAGCGUUCAACCAACAAGGAAGUCUAAAGAGUCACCAACGUAUUCACAGUGGAGAUAAACCAUACAGAUGUGAUCAAUGUGGUGCAGCCUUUUCUCAACAAGGUGGUUUGACAAGUCACCAGCGUGUCCAUACUGGAGAUAAACCCUACAGAUGUGAUCAGUGUGGAGCAGCCUUUUCUCAACAAGCUGGUCUAAUAACUCACCAGCGUGUUCAUACUGGAGAUAAACCCUACAGAUGUGAUCAGUGUGGAGCAGCCUUUUCUCAACAAGGUCGUCUAAUGACUCACCAACGUAUUCACUCUGAAUCAAAACUAUCCCUGUGAUAAAUGUGGGAGAAUUUUUACUAUGAUUUUUGUUACAAGGUACCAAUUAAGGCAUGUUGGAAAUACAUAAUUGUGCUCUGUAAUUUUUUCAUUUGAAAAACAUCAAUAGUAUGGAAGCUAUUCAGCUAACAUUUUGUCAAGUGUCUCAAAAUGUUGAGCCCUGUAGUUUUUAUUUUGAAAUAGACAUGAAACAGUCUGAUAGAACCAUUUUCUUCUGCACUAUUGAGGAAAAAUACAUUUUGACACUAUUCUGAUAAAUUGUUUUAUUUUAGCUUUUUAAAAAUGAAUUUUGCUCCAUGUUUUAUUGUUAGUGACAACAUUAGCUUUAUCUUUUUUUUUAAACUUCUUUGGUUUUUCUCUGGUUUAAAUGGAAAUUUUCAUU